AUGGAUGAUAUUAGAAACGUGGCCGCCGGCCUCGAACUCUGUUUCUGUGAUUCUGUACAACCGUAUGGCAGACACGCAGAGGUGGCCGAGAUCGUUGACAGUUGCGUUCACGGGCAAUUCGCUCCGAUGGCAGAUUCUAUUUAUAUGGAAGGAUGGCUUAUACGAUCUAGGGAACGUGGCAUGCAUUUCCCACCAUUCAAGUCCAAGUGGGUUCGUCGGUACUUUGUUUUACGAGUUUGUGAUAAAAGGCUAGGAACCUAUGCUCUUGAUGAAUUCCGAAAGGAAGAUAAACGGCGAUUGAGAAAAUCUCUGGAUCUCGUACGUUGUGUUCAAAUCGAUUCUCACCUGCAAUUGGCGGAUUCCUCUUGUGCGACUACAUCGCGAUUUGGAGGUUUUCAGUGGAUAUUCUCGUUGUAUUUUACCAAAGGAACGUCAUCUCAAAAGAAGACACCUCUAUACUUUGUGUCGGAAUCAGAAGAGAAAAUGAAAGAUUGGGUAUACAACCUCUGUCGUGCUUGUCGUUUGGAAAAAGAAACUGAUGACGAUAGUAGUUCGUUCAUGCAACAACAUCCGUCUCAUGUUGAAGCUCCCUCCCAUCGGUCGACUCUUCCGUCGUCCAUAGGCGGGCUAUCUAUUUAUUCUGAUCGAUCUUCUGAAAGUAUGCUCGAUACCCCAAGGAGUGAAGUUAGCCGGGAGUUUGAGAAAUCAAAAAGAACACACCUCCACUCAAGAAAUUUCCGAAAUCACAGCGGCCAACGUCAUGUUCCUUCCACUGCUGUGGUAAGAAAGUCCAGUAAUCAAAGACGACAUCGCAGAACAGAUUCUUUGGAAGGGCCGCGGGCAUCGUCGUCCGCAUCCGCCUGUUCUUCUGUAACGUCGGGCCAUCCCAGUGAUGAAGGAGACGAUGAUUCGACCAGCUGUAUUUCACAGCUGAGCAACCUCUCUUGUGGACCACCGGUCCCUCCUAGGACGCGUCUGCGCCCUCAAUACUCUUCUGCAUCUUCUUCUACCGGGGUUCCUGUGAAGAGAUUGGCUGACCAUAUGUCUCACAUGGGCUCACCUCCAACUCGCAGCCUUAUAGACGAAGUUAUGGAAAAUGACAGCAGCGGUGAAACUAUAAAAAUGCAUGGAAUUGUUCCAUAUGAGAACCCAGAGAGCGGAUUCCGCGGUGGACCAGGUUUCCUACCCCCAGCGGUUGAUCGAUCCAACAAACCGGCUAAACUGCGGCUCUACGAUUACGAUGAAGAAAAGGUGCCCGAGGAAAUGACCAUACACGGUUAUAAUAAAUCAGGCAAUAACUUCAUACGCACUUCGAGAACACCCCGAGCAAGAGCAAGUUCAAAGCCGAGGGACAUGCGAGAUCCCCCUAAGUCUGCCGGACCGCUAGGCCGAUCACGUGAGCUCGACUACUUCAAUCCUGUCCCCUUAGACAGAACCCAUUCUAUGCGAAGCCCGGCCCCGUCUGAUAUCGAGUAUAUUAAAAUAGAUGCAGAAAAAACUCAGGCAGUGAAGCAAUCUAUUGCUCAACGAGCCACAGUCGAUUGA